GGCAAGGGGGAGCUCUGGGCACGUGGAAGCGUCAGCAGGGCAAAUAGAAGAUCUGUUGAUUUUUGAAAUGCCCUUUCGUCCUCUGACGCCUGCUCUGAUUUACUCAUUUCCAUUUCUUUCUCCCGUUGCAGAAUACUUGAGGAACGAGAGCGCCUUUCUGGGAGAGCUGGUGUUUGGGAGCGCAGACACCAUUGAACUUUCCUGUGACAGCCACGGCUCUUCUGUGCCUGUUUUCUGGUUUAAAGACGGUAUCGGGAUUGCACCUCCCAGCAGAGCUCGUACUGGGCAGAAGCUGUUGAAGAUCAUCAGUGUGUCAUGCGAUGGCUCGGGGCUGCACAGCUGCAAGGCGAGGCAUUCCGACCAGGUCCUGGGAAACUUUACAGCCAGAGGUACAGACAUGGCUGGAGGCGAUGGAUAUCCAGCUUCCCGUCUGGGUUCCCGGGCUGACACGCUGGGAUAUCGCAUGGGUCCCCAAAGAGCAAAGUAUGAAGCUAAAAGAGGCAAGUCUUCCCAGCGGUCAUCAGAAGUCCUGAAGGAAAUCCUGAAGGACCUGGACAAGGCAGCGCUUGAGAUGGACCGUGAGACUGCGGAGAAUGAGGCGCUUCAGGAAGGAGGCAGUCACGCGGUGCCAGUCUCUGAUGACAGAAGAGGGGCAAUUCAGUCAGUGGAGGUGCCAGCCUGAAAACCAUGUGGGAAAGUGCUGGCCCUUGCUGGGAAGUCGGGGACAAGCCUUCAUCAAGCUGUCUGUGCCAGUCCUUCCCAGAGCAGUCACCAUGGACCACGUUUCAGGACAACGUUCCCUGGAGACAGCAUCGGCAGAGCUCCAAAGGACAUGGCUGUCUACGUGAGUGGUUUCUCCAGC